AAGUACGCCGUCGCCAGAGCUCCGGACCACAACCAAACCCGCGAAUAGCUUCCUGCGACACAUUGGCCCAACCCAGGGCACGCAGCAGCCUCAGCAGUCAUGUCUCAAUCACUGCGGCCGUACCUCCAAUGCGUGCGAAGCAGCUUGACUGCCGCCCUGACCCUGUCCAACUUUGCCUCCCAGACCACCGAGCGCCACAACGUCCCCGAGAUCGAAGCCCAGACCUCGCCCGAGGUCGUCCUGACGCCCCUCGUGAUUGCGCGUAACGAGAACGAGCGGGUGCUGAUCGAGCCGAGCAUCAACUCUGUCCGCAUCAGCAUCAAGAUCAAGCAGGCCGAUGAGAUUGAGUCUAUACUUGUCCAUAAAUUCGCCCGUUUCCUGACCCAGAGAGCCGAGGCAUUCUUCAUUCUGCGAAGAAAACCAAUUCCCGGCUAUGACAUUUCAUUCCUGAUAACAAACUUCCACACGGAAGAGAUGUUGAAGCACAAGCUGGUCGAUUUCAUCAUUGAGUUCCAAGAGGAGGUCGAUAAGGAGAUCUCUGAGAUGAAGCUCUUCCUUAACGCCCGAGCACGAUUCGUCGCCGAGUCAUUCCUGACACCUUUUGAUUAAACUGCGUUAAACAUUGUGUAUCUACGAGAUAGGAUCCUCAACGAUGGGGCCAAAGCGAAACUUUGUACUCUAAUCCCGAUUCAGACAUCUGUCAAAUACAUUAGGCUCGAGUGGGAUUCUCAUGCUUCUGUAACAUGCUGGCUUCUUCGUCUCUAGUCAUGAAGGUGGUGAAGGAACGUGGUAGUCUAAAUAAACAAACCUUGUGUCUACUUGGC